GCUCAUCGCCCGCAUCGACAGGACCAUCAUGCAGAGUGGCUAUGAGGGAGCAGACAUGGGCUACAGUGCGUGGAUCGGCAUGCUCUAUGUGGAUCAUUAUCAUACCAACCCUGUGCUCGUCAGCUUUUGCCACAUCCUGAUCACAGGCCACAGGGAGAGGAGGCUGCAGCGGGCCAUCAAAUACUGGUACCUAAACCAGUCAGCAUGUCCCCGUGUCUCAGCCAGGUCCAGGACGAGGUGGCUCCUGCUGCAGACCCUGAUCAACAACCCCAGACUGGUCACGCUCAGAAAAUCAACAGCAGGUUAUGGUUCCCAGGAGUUUACCCAGAUUCUGUUGACGUGCUCAGAACACUGAUACUGACCUCCAACUUUGCUACAAGGCCAUUCCAGGAUCACUGCCCCUGAGAGAAGGCCCGGGCUACCCAGCAGCUGUCCCCUGCAAUGUGAUGCGAUGCACAGCCCCUGUCCAUGCACAUGGCACACAGCACUGACCAGGAUGGCAGCUGGGCUAAACAAUGAAGUGUCAGGUCUAAUUCACUCCCUUGGCAAAAAGAUCAAGAACUAAAGAGAAUUUCUCUUAAACAAACUUUGCCCAAUAAUGAU